AUGAAGAAGUGCACUUUGGUGAAGCUACCAUCAAAUUGUGGAAUUGUGGCAUAUGUUGUUGUCAAUCCACAUGGUCAUUAUGACCCCAAUGACAUGUUCUACAACAAAUUUGUCAAGUGGGGAGAUUUAGCAGCACAGUGGGUGGAUGAGGAAGUUCAUUCUCGUGAGUGCAGCCCCCAAUCGGGAAAUACUAUUCCUGAGACAAUCGUGAUAUCAUCAUCAUAUGAUGAAGAAAAUGAUGGAUCUAAUGGAGAUGAGGAGGAUGAUUCAGAUGAGGGUGAUCAUGAAAAUUUUGAAGAUAUGAUCGCAUUUGCUGAGGACCACUUAGCUCAUCUAGAUGAUGAUGGAGGCCUCCCAACCUUCCCUAUCCUCCCACCCACUCAUGCACCAGAAAGUCCUCCUAUACCAGAUGUUGCACCAGCUGCCCAGGUUGUGAUUGUUGGUGUAAAUGAAGGUUUAGAGGAGACACCAAGAAGUAAAAGACUCAGAGAGAGGAGGAUGCAUGAUUCAAUUGCACCUAAUCAGAUGCAAUCCCAAUCCCAACCUGAAUAUGAGCAUGAAAUCCCAACUGAAUGUGAACCAGACAUUAUAUCCCAACCUACAUAUGAGUUUCCAGAAGUUGAAUUUUCAGAACAUGAUUCAGAACCCCAAAUUGAGACUGAAGUUGAACCCCAAAUUGAGACUGAAGCUGAACCCCAAAUUGAGCCUGAAGUAGCACCCCAAAUUCUCUAUGAAGCAACACCCCAAACUGAACAUGUAGCAGCAGCCCAAACUGGACCUGUAGUAGAAGCAGCACAACCAACUGACCACCUGGCUAGAAUUAAUUUAUAUGCAUUUUAA